GUAUUAUAUCAAAAAACGUGUUUUAAACACAUGAAUGAAAAGUUUGAUGUUCAUCCUGAUCGCUGGGCGGCAGUGCUGAGACCCGAACGGCCUGCAGAAUUUCAACAGAUCUACAAAUCAUGUGUCCCGCUGCUUCACAUCGCGGCCGCCGCGCGAGGCGCUUUACAGAUCUUCAGACUCCGCCUCUCGGACGCACUGACCCGCGCACCUCCUCUCUCCAGUCGUGGUUACGUGUAAUUCUGGAGGAAAAUGGCAGAUAGAAGAAACAACAAUGCUCCAAACACCAACGCGAAUUUACUGUUCAGCGCAGCGCCGGAGUUUAAUUUCAARUUGCCUUUUAUGCCGAUGAGCCAAGCUUCCGGUUCGACGGUGCUGUCAGGAGAUGACUCCACAGAUGUUGGAGAAGAAGACAGUUUCCUGGGUCAGACGUCUGGGAACGGACCAGCAGCCUCCUCCACGUUCGCCUACUUCUCCAGCCACGCCAGCACCUCUGACCCGUURGCGUCCAUCGGCCAGUCGCCGUGCCCGCCGCCAUCUUUACCCGCAGCCCAAACAGCAACAACAGCCGGACCCGUUUCUGUUCCCAACAGCGUCGCCAUGGCCCCGCCUCCUCCGUCUGCAGCCUCACGGAUGACCCCGCCCCCUCAGGGUUUCGGCAGCGCUGUUUACCAGUCGACACCGGCGGGGUGUCGCACCCCUCCCCCCGCCACCAUGACCCCCCCGCCGCCCCAGAUGCCGCCGCAGAGCCACAACCCGUACCGGCACACCCCCACCAGCAGCAGAGCCAGCCCCUACAUCCCCGCUCCGGAGAUGCUGCCGCCGACGCACACGCCCCCGCAGGUCCCCUYCUCCUUCAGCUCCCCGCCGCAGGCGUUCCCGCCGUCAGGACCUGCGUUCACAAAGCCGCCCUUCACUCAUCUUCAAGCCUCUCCAGCGCCGACAGCCAACACCGGAGCCGUGGUUCCCGCGGGUCCCGCCAUGCCCUACGGGUUUAACGUCUACGAACCGGUGCAGCAUCACUGGUUCUACUGCAAACAGGUGGAGUCCAAGAGCGUCUGGCUUCCCUUCAGCUUCAUCGACUCGCUGAAGCUCGAGGAGACGUACAACUCAGUUCAGCCGGAUCCAGAGAGCGUGAUGGUCCGGACGGACGGGGGGCGCUACGACGUGCAGCUCUACGACCGCACGCGCAGCGCCGUGUUCUGGGAGGAGGAGCCGACGGAGGUGCGGCGCUGCUCCUGGUUCUACAAAGGAGACGCAGACAGCCGCUUCGUGCCGUACUCCGAGGAGUUCAGCGACAAGCUGGAGGCAGAAUAUAAGAAAGCCGUGUCGACCAAUCAGUGGCAUCGGAGGCUGGAGUUUCCGUCAGGAGAAACGAUCGUCAUGCACAAUCCCAAGGUCAUAGUCCAGUUUCAUCCCUCCUCGGUUCCAGACGAGUGGGGUACGACCCAGGAUGGGCAGACCCGGCCCCGGGUGGUGAAGAGAGGGAUCGAUGACGACCARGACGAAGUGCCUGAUGGUGAGCUCGCCACCGUGGAUCACCUGGUCUUCAUGGUUCACGGGAUCGGUCCGGUGUGCGACCUGAGGUUCAGGAGCGUGAUCGAGUGCGUGGACGACUUUCGGAGCGUGUCCCUGAAGCUGCUGAGGAGUCACUUUAAGAAAGCUCUGGAUGACCACGCCAUCAGCCGUGUGGAGUUCCUUCCUGUCCAGUGGCACACGGCGCUACACGGAGAUGCCACGGGCGUGGACAGGAGGAUAAAGAAGAUCACGCUGCCCAGCACCGGACGUUUGCGUCACUUUACGAACGAGACGCUGCUGGACGUCCUCUUCUACAACAGUCCCACCUACUGUCAGACCAUCGUGGACACGGUGGCUCAGGAGAUGAACCGACUCCACGCCCUCUUCAUGAAGAGGAACCCGGACUUCAGAGGAGGGAUCUCUGUGGCCGGGCACAGCCUGGGAUCGCUGAUUCUCUUUGAUCUGCUGUCCAAUCAGAAGACGGCUUCUGCUGCGCCCAUCGUACCGACCACGCCGUUCGCUAACGGAGAGGUUAAACAGGUGGCGGCGGCCUCUGUGUCGGAGGCUCCUCCAGCUGUGGACGAAGCCCUCAGAGAAGACCAGGAGGACUUUGAGGACCUUGCUGCUGUGCUGCAGCACCUGGGCCUCUCUGAGUACAGAAGCACUUUCGACCAGGAGAAGAUCGACCUGGAAUCCUUUCUCAUGUGCACCGUGGACGACCUGAAGGAGAUGGGCGUCCCGCUGGGCCCCAGGAAGAAAAUCUCCAAGUUCGUUAAAGAACGACUGAACAGACAGGCAGCUCAGCAGAAGCAAUUAGAGGCUAAAAGAGACCUCCAGGUGGGGCCGCCUCCUGCAGCUGAAGUUCAUGCUGAUCCGACCAUGAAGAAGCUCCCGGUGGGCAGCACCGUCUCCUCCGUCCACGUCGACUACAAUUACUUUGAAGUUGGUACCGGACAGGUCUCGGUGGUGUACCACACUAUGGACUUUGAACAAGUGAACUUCUUCGCCCUGGGGUCUCCGAUCGGGAUGUUCCUGACGGUCCGAGGUCUGGAGAAGAUCGAGGAGUCGUACCAGCUGCCCACAUGCCAAGGCUUCUUCAACAUCUAUCAUCCCCUGGACCCGGUGGCGUACAGGAUCGAGCCCCUGAUCGUCCCAGACCUGGACCUGAAGCCCGUCUUGAUCCCACAUUACAAAGGCAGGAAGAGGCUCCACCUCGAGCUGAAGGAGAGUCUGUCCAGGAUGGGCUCGGACCUGAAGCAGGGCUUCAUCAGCUCCCUGAGGACCGCCUGGCAGACGCUCAACGAGUUCGCUCGCGCCCACACCUCAUCGGCGCUGCAGGCCCAGCUGGCCAUGGUGGCCGAUCAGAUCGAGGAGGAGGAGAAGCAGGCGCAGGAAGGGCAUAAAAUCCCUGAGAGCCCCGAGCCGCACAGGGAGGAGGAGCCUCAGGUCAAGAUCGGGAUGUUAAACGGAGGGAAUCGCAUCGACUACGUCCUGCAGGAGAAACCCAUCGAGAGUUUCAACGAGUACCUAUUCGCCCUCCAGAGUCACCUCUGCUACUGGCAGUCUGAAGACACGGCCCUCCUCAUCCUCAAAGAGAUCUACAGAACUGUGGGGGUCCACCCGGAACAGACGCCUCAUUAAUGCAGUAAAAUUAUCAGCUUUAGUUUUCCUCACUUCACUCAGAUCAUUUUAUUCUUUGUAUUUUUUAUUUCAUUAGUUUAUUUUACAGACAGAUAAUACAGUUGUAUUAUACUUUUUGUCUUAAAUUAAGAAACAUGAAUGAGCUGUUAGAAUAAAAAGAAAAACAAACUGGA